GCCGUGGCCAAUAACGGUGGAGCGCGCGGCUGGUUCGAAUGGGUUCGGCGGAUGGCGGAGAGGCGUCCGCUUUGGAGUCCUUCCCCGCUCUGCUUCUCGGCUGCUUGGUGGACUUGGAGGAGCCGAGGCGCUCGACUCCCCUCCCCAACCCCCGACGCGCCAUGUGGCGGGUGAGGAGCCUCGGCUCGCCGGCUACGCCGCAGCGGGGAAAGUCUGAGAACCGUCCUCCACUCCAGGAACUCCUCUUGCAACCAAAUGUUAUUCCCAGCCCUGGGAAAGUCACCUUGGCAUGCUGUACAACAAAUUCCAUAUUGUGCCAGCCAGGGCCACAGCAAGAGGACAACAACAUCCCAUCUCCGCUGGAAUUGCCCAAGACCGUCUGGACAGAUUUCCCUUCUGAACUGUCAUGUGUUCCUUUGAAGGAGCUUGAGGCUUCCCAGGGUGACACAGAGGAGCAGUGUUUGGGUCUGGCUCCUCAAACCAGUUCUACUCCCAAAGCCUCUGAAGCAUCAGUGGCCCCACUGAAUGACGAUGUAGUCAAAACAUUGACCUUGAUCCCCUCGCCUUCCCAAGACAGGCCUAGCCAGGGACUGCAGUCACACAUUCCACUUGAGAUGAACUUGAGUGCUAAGGCACAGGCAAAUAACAUCUUUCUCAGCCUCUCUCCAACUCUGACAGAUACAGUGACCAUGGGGGUAGUACCUGGUCUGAAAGGCAACCCUGUAGACGCUAUCCCUGCCAGUCCAGAAAGAGCCAUCUCCCAGAGUGCUCUGUCACAUCUUUUUACAGAGAAUCCCCCCAAUUCCUGUUCUGAGCAGCAGUGCCCAGAGGAAAGCUCUGUAGGCACUGGGACAGAAGCUAUCCCUGAGGCCUCCAUGCCUCUGGCAGGUGACUCUCUGCUGCCUUCUUGUAUCCAGCAGUUACCUACUUCAUCUGUCUCAGGGGUCAGUCCCCCUGCCAGCCUUUCAGACCCAGACAUAGGAAGUACAUCGCUCACAACUACAGGAGGGACACUGAAACCUUCCCACUCACCAGAGGAUGCCCAACUGGCAGAAGGGCUAUCGCUCCCUGCUCAGAUUCCAGCAGAAACUAUACCCCAGGUGGCUUCCGUUGCUACAGUGGAAGGUUUUAGUAAAACUCAUAGUCCCAGUACUGGAUCGUGGAUGUCCCCACUGGCAUGGCUAGAUAAAGGGCUGAACACCUCCGCUAUGCUGGAGAGUCUACACCACAGCUUCCCCCUUCCUGCUCUGAUGCUAGAUAGAGGGACCAGCACUACCCCUGUUUCUUCCAGCUCUGUGGGUUCAUGGCUCAAGACCCCAGCCUUGCUGGAAAAGAGUACCAACACAUCUCAGGCAGGGCAGGCCAGUACAAAAGACAAUGCCUCUGAGACAGAUUCCCUACUAUGGUGCCGACCCCCAGAUAUGAGUGCCUUGUCUAGAUGUGACCUGGAAAAUCAUCUGCUUAGCUCCCUGAUUGUUCUGGAGGCCCUCUCACGGCAACUUCGGGAUUGGCAGAAUGGUGGGGCUACCCUUCACCCUGACACCCAGGAUAGCAGCACACAGACUGACAUCUGUCUCAGUGAGGUGGCAGAUGAACCCCAGCAUCUGCAGAACAGCCGGGAGACCCAUCAGGACCUAGUACAGGCUACGAAUGUCAUGCAGUCCUGGGCUGUAGAGUCCCGGGACCUCUUGUGCUUGCUAACCCAGGGCCUGCUGAACCUACAGGAAGACAGGACAGCAGCACAGCAGGAGCACCAGCGAGCAGAAGCCUUAGUUUCCCGCUGCUGGGAAGUGCUGACGAGGGCCAGGACAAAGCUCCAGAGCCUCCUGGAAGAGAGGGAUGAAGCCAAGGGCCGAGAAGAAGCAGCCGUCAGAGGAAAAAAUGCAGCAGAGACAAUAUUGGAGGCCUUCUGUGCACAUUUCAGUCAGCGUAUCAGCGAGCUCCAGCAGGAUUUGGAAUCACAGAGGGAGCUCUGUGGUCUCCUGAGGGAGACCCAAGCCCAGCAGGCUUCCCUUCACUUGGAGCAGAAGGAGAUGGCACAGCAGGCAACCCAGCUUGCUUCCACCUUACAAGAGGACUGGGUUACAGUGCAGCUAGAUUAUGCAAUGUGGGCAGCCAUGCUGAAUCAGGCCCAGAAGUUAAUGGAGCCUUUGAUAACCAAGAGUCAGAAGGCUUUGCAUGAGCGAGAUGUAGCCAGGGAGCAGGAGGAACAGGUUUCCCUGCAGCUGGACCAAGUCUCUGCUCAGUUAAAGGACUCCCAGGCCCAAAUUGAGCAGCUGGAAUUGGAAAACAGACGGCUGGCAGCAGAUCUGCAGCUGCAGCUGCAGAGCCUGGCUAGCACUGAGAGUCAUCUGGAGAAGCUCCAGGACCGGUAUGACCGUUGUGCCCAGGAUCUGGCCUCUCGGGAUGAAGCCCUUGCUGAGCUCACUUUGAAUAGGGAAGAACAGGUUGCCUGGUGGCAGGAGGCAGCAGCAACCUUGAAGUCGGCUCAGCAAAAGCAGCGGGCAGCCCUCACAGAGGAAGUUGGAGAACUGAGGGAGACUGUAGAGUUUCUGGACCAAGAGAACCAAGUAGCCCACGCGGAGCUGACUAGGUUGGAAUCUCAGCUGAAAACCGCCCAGUCGGUACUGCAGGCGCGCACUGCGCAGUGCAAGGAGCUCCAGGACUCUGUGGACAGCCUUGAGGCCAGACUGGCUGACGCGACAGCAGAGACCCAGGAGCUGAAGAAGAUGCCCCAAAGUUCAGCAAAGCUGUCCAUGCUUAGUCAGAACCUGCAUAACCUGGUUCUGUCACUGCAGACAACAUUAAACAAGGAGGCCGAGCCGGGAAGCCCUUCUCUGAGUACAGCACAGACCCCUGCCCAGCACCUCCAACCCAAUGACGACAGCUUCCUGGGCAGUGUUUUAAGAGCUAUGGAAGGAGAGUUAGAACCCGACCUCAGCCCUUUGCUCAGAAGUGACAGAAGUUCUUUCACUCAAGUGGAAUCCCAGAUCUCUCUUUGGCAUGCAGAUCAGGGGGUCUCCCACACUGAGAAGAGUCUGGAAGAGCUGGCGUGCCUGCUGAACGAGGCUCAGACCCUGUGCUCCAGGCUUCAGGACUCAAAAGAAGAAGCUGUUGGGGCCCUGCAGCGAGAAAUAUGCCGUUUACAAGUCAGACUGCAGGCCCAGGAGGAACAGUACCAGGAGGCCCUGAAGAUUCAAGAGGCAGAGGUGGAGAAGUUCAGCCAAGCCCUGUGUGUGCGCUACAAAAAUGAGAAGGAACUCCAGGAAGUGAUCCAACAGCAGGACAAGAAGAUCCUGGAGCAGAUAGAUAAGCUUGGAGAAUUCACAAGCCUUCGAGAAGAGGUUACCCAGCUCACCCGAUUGUUACAGCGAUCAGAGACGGAGGCCAAGGUGCUCCAGGAGGCGUUGGCAUGCCAGCAGAAUCCGAAUUCUCAGCCCAUGGACACUGCUUGGAUUCAGGAGAAAGUGUGGCUGUGCCAGGAGGUUGAUAAACUGAGGCUAUUACUCCUUGAUAUGGAAAAAGAGAAGGCAGCCCUCUUGGCCAAGUCUCAGAGCCACAGGAACAUUUUAGAAGAGAAUCUGCGGUGUUCAGAGAAAGAGCUGGAGAAGCUGGAUGACAUCUUAGAACAGGUCCAUGAGGCUUUGUCGAACAUUCCUGAGGUUGUGAGUGGCUGCCAGGAGCUGCAGAAAGUGGUGCAAUUACUGAGAUAAACGAUGGGACCUGUUUGGGGGGGGGAUGGAGGCUGGAUAGGGAAGAAGAAAAGAUGAUGUGAAGAAGACAGUAGUCUGUAUCUACUUAAGUGUAUUUAACGUUUGAAUAAAUUUAUUUAGGAUAAA